CGGAAUGCCUGCCAGCCGCACCUCUCCCCUACAUCUUCGUGACACGCAGGCCAUUGCACUCUAACUACCGCCUUCAAACACCCCGCACCUACACUCCCGUGCCGGACGCGCGAAGGAAGGCUUCAUCCAAGUCGAGCUACUGAAAGCAUACCAAAAUGACGAGAGCAAUAAUUGUAAACAACAGCAGCAACAGCAGUUCCAUCCACUACUCUCGCCAGGCUACUGGUCGCGGUGAUGGCGAUGCUGCUGCGAAGGGUGCGGAGACACGGUCAGUCCACUAUUGAAUCCAGCUCGCGCUCUCUAAGCUGCCUUUGGUCGGUGGGGUCGUCCUGGUCUUCUUUCUCAUCGCGUUCGCUGUGGUAUCCCUUACAAGCCCCGGGAAGCUCGAUUCGAAGGAUUUGGCUCCACCCGGAGACUUCAUGGAGACGAUAGAGCCCAUCACUCGGAGCUACAUGUACCGUUAGUAAUCCGUACGAACACUCCAUCCAGUUUCCCCUUACGGGCGACCAAUAUCGUGCCUCGUGCACUAAACUCACGGGAGGGUUCAUGUCCCAUGACGAGUACUGGCAAUUUCUGCACUGGUGAAAGGACGCCGUGCAUCACGACGGUAACGCCAACUGCCACCUGCGCGAAGGCCGCACAUAGAUCUACUCUAAGCUCGUCACAUACCUGCUCGACGGCCGCAAGCUGCGGCGAUAGCACGGGAGCGAAACAGGACUUUCCUCAAGGUCGACACACUGGAAUCACGGCAAUCGGACGGACUGCUUUCAGCCUGUUCGCAGUCUUGACCCUGGUCCAGAGCCCUGCUGCCGUACUCCACCGUCUGGAGGUAAAUGACAGGGCGCGUGACGGCCACUCCCGCGUCGUCACCGGUGGAGAACUGGUCGCUUGUCCCCAGACCGCAUAGUUCGCGAAACAGUACAACUCGAGUGCACGUAACUGAUUUGCUCUACAGACAUUGGGUAGUAAUAUGUGGCCUAUCAAGCAACUGUCACGUGUUAAACUUUCCUCCGACAGGAUACGAGGAUCCAUAUAGCCACCACUUGCAGCCUAUCUUCGAGCGCGCGCGAAUGUCAUUCGAGGAAGCCAAUCGCCCAAAUGCACACACAGCUGAGCUCAUCCUCGCAGCACGCACAGAGUUCCUAUCAACGCUUUCCUCGCCACCCACAUGCCCCACGCAAUGCGCGGCCGAGGCUCCGCGCCCCACUCAGGCUACACCUCGCCCACCCCAUCACAACAACCCGGCGCCCUAUGUCGUUGUGCACAUCCGCAAAGGAGACCGCCGACCCGCUGCAUUCGUCUUCCAUCCUGACCAGGCAAUCCCCCUUGGAGAAGAGGACAUGCAGAUGGAGUUCGACCUAGAGCCGGAGGAGGAGCGGGCGAGGCUGACGAGGGGGAGGGUCGUGGAUCUGGCGAUGGUGAGCGGGUUGUAGGCGUACCCUGGGGAGGCCCCUCAUGGUGAGGUCGUGUGUGCGGAAGGUUGAGUACUCUGUUUCUCCGAAUGUGUACGGUAAGAGCGGCGGUCCAAUUCUGACGUGUCCCGCGUGUCUGCGCUUGAGUUUGGUUUGGCGUGCGUUCGGAUUUGACGACGGUGGCGAGCACUACGAUGGCAACCCAAACAAGGGGCGGGCGCGUUGGGUCGACGUCGAAGUUAGGAUAGUCCCAGCUUGGCAUGCAUUCGAACUGCAUCGGAAUCGAGCGAAUGCUCACGGGCGCGUAUCAUCUUAUGUACAC